AUAGAUCAGCUUCAACGUGUAACAAUGAAAGCUAUCGUCUAUGUUUUUGUGGCCCUUUUGGCGUAUACUGCUGCCUACGAGGUAGACUUCCUCACCGAGGAGCAGUGGAACCGUUUCGUCGAAAAGGUCGAAACCACUCCUGUGAAGCCCGAUGAGCAUGGUUUGAUCUUGAACUCGCAGGCUAAGAAGGCGGUGAAGAAUCUGAUGGAACAGCUGCCCUGCGGCUUUCCUGAAUACGGCAUUCCUCCACUUGCUCCGUACACCAAUGCCGAUCUCUCCAUCCACCUGGCCCAAUCUGUUGUCGAUACUUUGGUGCAGUUCUUGCGCUUCCGCUUCGAUGGCUUGGAGACCAUGGAGAUCAAGAAGAUGAAGGUCAGCUAUACCUUCAGCAAGAAGGUUAAGUACCACUUCAACUUCAAGGAGCUGAAAGCCAGCGCGCAUGUGCUCAACACAGACACCUUGAUUGAUCUGCUCAAGGAGUUGGGAUUGUCGGUGCGUUAUGAGGGCACUGGACCACUCUCCUUCUCGUUGGAGAACCUAUCGAUUCAGGGUCAGUUCAAAUACAAGAUGCCCUUCAUCUUUGGCAGCAUUAAGAUCUACAACUUUGAGUGUGUUGUGGGCCUUGGUGGCGUCACUUCGCACAUUGGUGGCAUUCUGGGCAAUGGAAGGAUCAACGAAAUGAUUAACGAUAUCAUUGAGUACGAGGUGCCUGCCUUUGUGAAUGGACGUCAAAAGCAGAUCAGCGAUAAAAUCGAGAGCAUCUUUGUCCCAUUGGUGAAUGAUAAACUUAAGGGUCAUAAGGUCUGGUAUCUCCUGGGCAUGUUGACCAACUCCUCCAAGAAGUGCACUCCCACACCGGCCCCCUGGUUGGCCAUUCAGUGAGGGGACAAUGGGGACGACUGUCAAUUCUGAAUUGUCAAUAAAACAAAAGCAGGUGUAGCGAUUUAA